AUGGCCACUAUUCCUGCUGUGCAACAAAUAUCACUCUCACUCAGUCUCGAAAAAAAUGCCAUUGCACAAGCAGCUUCAGCUAGCUCAUCUCGACUGGAGCGCGAUCUGAAAACAAUCCGUGAUUAUGUAGAGCCUAUCGUUGCACCGGCUCAAUUGCCCGUUCCGCUAGAUCAGCGCUUUCCGCCAUUCAGUAUCUCGGUGUCAAGACCGUUUGCCAAGAAGAUUGAAUCUAUCCAUCAAUUGCUCGACCGUGCCCUCGUCAACAUUGUAGAGCGAUGGCAUACGGACUUAGAGGCGAACUUCCCAUCUAGAAUGCCCCUGGAGCCGCAUGAAGAGGAUUUAUUGCGAUGGAUCAGCUCACAAUGUAGUGGUGAUGUAGCCACAAGGACCAUACCGAGGUUCAGCGAGAGAUACGGCAUGUGGAGAACGGAUUUCUUGAUCGAGAAAGGCCAUGAAGCCGAAGCCAAGAUCUGCGAAAUCAAUGCACGCAUACCGUACAAUGGCUUUUUCAUGGCCGGCUUACAUGAGGAGUCGAGUAGGCUACUGGGGGCAGGAAAACUGGGCUUUGAGAUCCCAAAUAAUUAUGAGGUGACUAAAAAAACGAUCAUAGAUUGCUUUGAUCGUUCGAAGCCGCUCUAUCAUAUUCAUAAAAAAUGGCCUGGGGUUGACUCCCGAGUGUUUGGGUGUGAGUACACACAUGCGACCGGGCAGGACAUAGUACACGUUGAGCCGUCGGAGUUACAAAUCCAACAAGACGAGGGCUCGCCAACUGGAUGGAUCCUUUAUUUUCAACCCGCAGAUCCCACCGAGAAAAAACAGAAAAUUGAGCAGUGCACGCUCGAACUGUUUCAAGAAGAACUCCGGGACAUAGAACCACAGAUCCUAAAACAGCUGGCGACGUGCUGUGUGAACGACUUCAGAAAUAUCUUAUUACUACACGAUAAGCGAAUUCUGGGCAUUGUUCAAGAGGAAAUCUCAAACCUCGUGCAACAGAAUAUACUGGAUGCAAAUGAAGCACGAGUACUUCACAAUGGAAUCGCAGAAACCGCCAUUCCAGGAUCAAAAGCUAUGAAGCAAUUACUAGAAAAGUCACACCAAGACCCUCUCCAGCGAUACAAAUACAUAGUCAAGCCAGUGCGAGAUGCUUCAUGUAACGGUAUCCGCCUUGGGGAGCAAUUUGACAAGGAUGAGUGGAUUGCCCUUCUAGAGCGAUUUGCAAGUCACCCAUUACAGCCAAGCGAAGACGCCUACGUCGUGCAGAAAUUGGCUGAUCACUUAUGGUGCGAUAUUGUGCGUCAUGACGUGCAUGCUACACCAAAAGUUGAGAACUUUCACUUGAUCGGUUCUUGCCACAUGAUUAAUUCAAAAUUGUUCGUCUUUGGCCCUUGGAGGAUCGGUCACACAAUUCAUGUCGGUCUCUCAAGUGCGGGUAUGGGAAUUGUGAUGAGUUGUGUGUUGCGCCCGGAUGGACUUGAGCAGCUAGAUGAAAGGAAAGAAGAAUGA